CAAAUUUGUCACACACACAUGAACACGUUGGGCGACUGAAUAAUAACAUCUUUCACUUUUCAAGCAGAUUAAGACGUCAUUUUGCAGUCAUAAUCGUGACACUUGACAGUUCACCAAACAACGUUGAGGACAGAUAUACUCCAAGAUGGAUACCAGUUUAACGUGUGCUCAGAUUAGGAAGAUAUUCAUUGACUUCUUUAAAGAGCAAGAACACACCUAUGUCCACUCGUCAUCUACCAUCCCUCUCGAUGACCCCACACUACUGUUCGCAAAUGCUGGAAUGAACCAGUUCAAGCCCAUCUUCCUGGGAAGUGUUGAUCCAAACAGUGACAUGGCCAAGCUGGUCCGUGCAGCCAACUCACAGAAAUGUAUCCGUGCCGGCGGAAAACACAACGAUCUGGACGAUGUGGGUAAAGAUGUCUACCAUCACACCUUCUUCGAGAUGUUGGGCAACUGGUCCUUUGGAGAUUACUACAAGAAAGAGGUGUGUGCCUGGGCGUGGGAGCUGCUGACGGAGAGGCUGAAGCUGGAGAAGGACAGACUAUAUGUUUCCUACUUCGGAGGGGACGAGGCCAAGGGAUUAGAACCUGACAACGAGGCCAGGGACAUCUGGAUCAAGCUUGGCGUUCCCCCAGAGCGUGUGCUGCCCUUUGACAUGAGAGACAAUUUCUGGGAGAUGGGAGAGACAGGGCCAUGUGGACCGUGCUCGGAGAUCCAUUACGACAGAAUCGGAAACCGUGAUGCUAAACAUCUUGUCAAUAUGGAUGAUCCUGAUGUGUUGGAGAUUUGGAAUCUUGUGUUUAUACAGUACAACAGAGAGUCUAAGACAGAGUUACGGCCCCUGCCCCGCAAGCACAUCGACUGCGGGAUGGGUCUGGAGAGGCUGGUGUCGGUGAUCCAGGGGAAGCGCUCCAAUUAUGACACUGACAUCUUUGUGCCACUGUUUGAUGCCAUUCAGAAGGCCACAGGGACUCGGCCGUACGCAGGAACGUUAGGCAAAGAGGAUGCUGAUGGUGUCGACAUGGCGUACCGGGUGUUGGCAGACCAUGCUCGUACCCUCACGAUCGCCCUGUCUGACGGCGGGCGCCCAGACAACACAGGAAGAGGGUAUGUUUUGAGACGUGUACUGAGGAGAGCUGUACGUUAUGGCACCGAAAAGUUGAACGGGAAACCGGGGAUGUUUGCUUCACUCGUUGACACCGUCGUCCAACUACUGGGUGAUGCCUUCCCUGAGGUCACCAAGGACCCUGAGACUGUGAAGGAGAUUAUUAACGAGGAAGAGGCUCAGUUUCUGAAGACAUUGACCCGUGGACGCAAGCUCCUGGAGAGGACAAUCGGAAAACUAGGUGACACCAAUGUCUUACCAGGUGAUGUUGCCUGGCGACUGUAUGACACGUAUGGCUUCCCGGUGGAUCUCACCUGUCUCAUGGCGGAGGAGAAGGGGAUGUCGAUUGACAUGAAGGCUUUUGAUGAGGCCAAGCUGCAUUCCCUGGUCAUGUCUCAAGGAGCUGGCAGUGCAGUGGCAGAACAGAUCAACCUGGACGUCCAUGCAUUAACAGACUUACAGAAAAAGGGGGUGCCCCCAACUGAUGACUCACCCAAGUAUGGCUACACUGCCGACGUGGAGGGCAACUACAAGUUCGAGUCUGCUGCGGCUAAGGUGAUCGGGCUCCGGUACAACAAGGCGUUCGUGCAGGAGGUGACGACAGGCCAGGACUGUGGUGUCCUCCUGGACAGAACCAGCUUCUACGCCGAGCAGGGCGGUCAGAUUUACGACGAGGGAUUCAUCGUCAAGGAGGAUGAUGAGGAUGUGGAGUUCCGCGUGAAGAAUGUGCAGGUCCGGGGCGGCUACGUGUUGCACAUAGGAACCAUCGAAGGCACGCUCCGAGUCGGCGAUGCUGUCAAACUUGCCAUAGAUGAAGAUCGUCGGUGUGCUGUGAUGAAGAACCACACGGGCACCCACAUGCUGAACUUCGGCCUGCGGGCAGUACUGAAGGAAGCAGACCAGCGAGGGUCCCUCGUGGCUUCAGACAGGCUUCGCUUUGAUUUCACUGCCAAGGGCGCCAUGACAGUAGCAGAAGUGAAGAGUGUCGAGGAAGAAGUAAACAAGAUGGCUGCCAAGAAUGAAGUGGUCUAUGCAAAAGAAGCCAGUCUGGCCGACGCCAAGUCUAUCCAGGGUCUCCGCGCUGUGUUUGAUGAGGUGUACCCGGACCCCGUCAGGAUCCUGUCAGUGGGGAUCUCGGUGGAGGACCUUGUGGCUGACCCCAUGGGACCUGGUGCCUCCAUCACAUCAGUCGAGUUCUGUGGUGGAACGCAUCUGCGGAGAUCGGGACACGUCGGUCAGUUCGUCAUACAGACAGAGGAGGCCAUCGCCAAGGGAAUCAGGAGGAUCAUUGCUCUCACAGGGACAGAGGCUGCCAAGGCGACGCACCGGAGUGAGAUGCUGGAGAAGUCUCUCGGGGAACUGAAGGCCAAGGUGGAACGAAACCCAAAGACAAUGGAGGCAACCGAGAGGGAACUCAGCUCCCUCAUCGUACAGCUGGACAAUGACGUGUCCCAGUCUAGCAUCUCGUACUGGAAGCGGGACAAACUGAGGUCAGAGUUGAAGGGGCUCAAGAAGAAGAUGGACGACCUCGACAAGGCCAGAAAAGCUGCUGUGAUGACCGAGGUUGUGGAACAAGCUAAGCAGAUGAUUGAAACCGAGCCAAACAUCAAAUACAUCGUCCAUGAAUUCAAGGCAGGAUCUAAUGCCAAGGCCCUUGACGCUGCAAUGAAACAAUACAAGGCUUCAAGUCCGGAGACUGCCGCCAUGUUCUUCUCCACGGACGAGGAGUCUGGCAAGAUCCUGUGUAUGUCCUGUGUUCCCAAGAAUGUUGCAUCAAAUGGCCUGACCGCAAAGGCGUGGGUUGACCACGUCGUGCCCACAAUCAAGGGCAAAGGUGGUGGCAAAGACGUGUCCGCACAGGCCACGGGAUCCAACGUCGGGGCCCUGCAGGAAGCCUUGAAACUGGCAACAGAGUUCGCGCAGCUGAAACUGUCUUGAACAGGAAGGACCAUAAUGCAUUCUGCUCAAGUGCUCUUUAUCUACACACCACGCAAAUGUUGAACUGAACACCUCGUUUUUUGUGCUUACAGAACAGUCACCCCCCAACUACAGUGGAAAAACAUUGAAGAUUUCUUUUUAUUGUUACUAAAGUUUCUUAUUUAGUGACCUUUAUAAUAUGACAAGUGUAGGUUUAAACCGAAACUGAACUUUCGGUGCACUGUGAAGAAUGGUUAUGAGUUCAUGUCUACUCUUGUCUUGUAACAUACAAAAGUGAUGUUUUGAAAGUGUACAAAGUGAUUCUUGACCAACAUUGACGUCGACCUCUGACCUCUGACCCUGGUUGCACUGCAGUGACAUCUGGUGGUUGAAAAUGCCGCUGGUUAGGUUAUCUUGUAUUAAAUCUGUAGUGAUCUCAGUUUUUAGGUACAUAUGAAUAUUUCCUUGCAUCUUACAGGCAGUUAGAAUGCUGGUGUUUUAUUUGUCUCUUACCAGUAGCCAUUGUGUUAGGUAGUAGUAUUCAAUGGUGUAUAUACAUCUAAAUAUGUCUUUGUAGAACUUAAGCAGUGGUAGUAAUAUUCAACACUGCUUCAACAAUGUUCUAUAAUCCUUUCUUUUGAUUUUUUUUUCUAGAUGCACCAUGGCAGUACUAGUAGUAUAUAUUUAGUGGUACCUGCUGUAAAUUAGCUUGUAGGAAUUUGCUUUUGUGUAUUGGCAUUGGUGUUAAGAGAUGUACAGUGAAAACAUGAAAGUUAACAAAUUAUUUAUGAAAAUACAAGGUGUUGUGAACUUUGGUGGAUGGGUCACAUAAUUGAUGUCAUACAGGACACCAGGUUUAGUGCCACAAAGACAAAACACGAUGUUUUAGAAACCUUGGUUAGAAACAGU